AUGGCGGACGCUGAAACCCUCAAACCUCACACCAAUAUCGACAUCAAGUCCAUUCAGAAGAUUCCGGCCGAUUUCGCGUCGGAGGAGCCGUUCAGGGAACAGACGGUCGCUUUCCCGUUCUUCCGGCGGCUGUCUCAGAGGAAGGAGAGCACGUGGAUUGUGUCCGUGUUCGUGAUUUUGCAUCUCAUCGCCUUUUGCGGCGCCAUGAUCGUCAACGAUUGCUGGGGAAAUUCGAACGCGCAGUGUGUUUUCAAGCAGCUCGGAAGGUUUUCCUUUCAACCGCUUUCUGAGAAUCCGCUGCUCGGACCUUCUGCUUCCGGGCUAGAUGCAGCAGGGGCUCUUCGUCUGAGAUAUUUGGCAAGAGAUCAUCAAUCGUGGCGUGUGUUAUCUAGCUCGUGCUUGCAUGCAGGGGUUUUCCACCUCGUCACCAGUCUCACUUGCGUCAUUUUCGUUGGAGUCCACUUGGAGCAAGAGUUUGGACCAUUAAGAAUUGGGAUUAUCUACGUACUUUCUGCACUUAUCGGUGGUCUGUUAGCUGCUCUAUUUCUCCAAGAUCGACCAUCAGUUAGUGCCUCGGGACCAUUAUUCGGUUUGCUUGGUGCAACAUUAUCAGGGCUCAUCCAGAACUGGAAGGUCUAUUCCAGAAAGUUUGCAAGUCUUGUGGCCUUUCUCAUUAUCUUGAUGUUAAAUUUCAUGAUUGGGCUGAUGCCACUUGUCAACAAUUUUUCAAACAUCGGAGGAUUUAUCACGGGGUUCCUUGCUGGUUUUAUGCUUCUUCUCAAGCCUCAAGUGGGGAAAGUUUGUCCAAAUAAAGGUGGUAUAUUUGAUUAUGAUGUAAAGAAGUCGGUCGAAAUAAAACGGAAGUUGGACAAGCCAGUCUUGAGGAUCAUUUGUCUUGUGAUCUUCAGCUUUCUAGUUGUGGGAGUUGUUUUGGGCCUUCUUGAAGGGGUUAAUGCGAACAAAUAUUGUGGGUGGUGCAAGUACAUCGACUGUGUCCCCAUCAAGUGGUGGAGCUGCAGUGACAAGACAAUGAACUGUGAGACCAUGAGAAGCUCAGAGCAGUUGACUUUGACUUGCUCAGACAACGGGAAGUUUAGAGUGUUCCCCUUUGCCAAUGUCUCAAGUGCAAGACUUGAGGACCUCUGCAAUCUAAUGUGCUCAUGA